CCCGGGUAAUCAGCUUAUGCAUUAUCACUAGUGCAAACAAAACAAAACAUGGCACCUAACAUUUCCAGAGUGUGUGUUGUUGUUUUGUUAUGUUAUUCUUCUUUUGUGGCCAUUGCAAGUGGUGAAGCCCCGAAAUCAGAUACCGAUCUUUUGGAAUUUCCUCUAAACUUGGAAUAUUUGGAGGCUGAGUUCUUCUUGAUUGGGGCUUUGGGUUAUGGGUUGGAUGUGGUUGCUCCAAACCUCACUGGAGGAGGACCCUCUCCCGUUGGUGCUAGAUUGGCCAAUCUUGACAACCUUGUUAGGGAUAUCAUAACGCAGUUUGCUUACCAAGAAGUUGGACACUUGAGGGCCAUAAAGAGCACCGUGAGAGGGUUCCCUAGGCCAUUAUUGAAUCUAAGCACAACAUCUUUUGCUGACAUAAUGAAUAAUGCGUUUGGAAGGCCUCUGAACCCUCCCUUUAACCCCUAUGUUAAUUCGAUCAACUAUCUACUUGCAUCUUACGUAAUUCCCUAUGUUGGCCUCACUGGUUAUGUCGGUGCCAAUCCACAGCUACAAAAUGCUACCUCAAAGAAGCUUGUUGCAGGGCUUCUGGGAGUAGAGUCUGGGCAAGAUGCAGUUCUUCGAUCAUUGUUAUACGAACGCAAAGAUCAAGUAGUGCGUCCGUAUAGAGUGACGGUGGCAGAGUUCACAAAUCGCAUUUCAGCGCUUAGGAACAAGCUGGGAAACGCAGGUGUGAAGGAUGAGGGUCUUGUGGUGCCUAGAGAGCAAGGUGCUGAGGGCAAAGUCACGGGGAACAUUCUUGCAGGUGACAAUGAAUCAUUGGCAUUUGGGAGGACUCCUGAAGAAAUAUUGAGGAUAGUAUAUGGAACCGGUGAUGAACAUGUUCCCGGUGGUUUCUACCCUAAAGGAGCAAGUGGAAGCAUAGCUACAUAUUACUUGAAGUAGUCGACUACCUAAAGCUAUGUGUCUUCAUACCACAAUAAAUUGUAAUAAUAACAAGAGACGACUCUUUUUAAUACUCUUAUAUUUAGGCAAAUAAAUCACAAAUUUUAAUAAUAUCAUUAUCAUAUUAGAGUAGAGAUUUAUUAAAAUUUGUGAUUUUUAAUAUAUUUUUGCAAAUAAUAAGGAGUGUUUGAAAGAG